AUGCUCCUCAAAAGCAAAUUCAAGCUGGCCACGGCCGUCGGCAUCAUCUUGUCGAUGCUGUCGCUGCUGGUGCACCUUUUCCUUGCAAAUUAUUCUGCCGGGGGAAUUAGUAAGUACAACUUGGACAAUGUUCUUCCAUUUGGAUCGAAGCCUCGACCCCGUAGGUUGUGGGGCCCAUUGAGUACACUUGAUCUCCUACACCCUUAUGCAAAACCUAGACAAUUGUACCCUGCUCCAGCUAAGGAUAAUGGUUUUAUUUAUGCAAAGAUUUACGGUGGCUUUGAGAAGAUACAGUCUUCAAUCUGUGAUCUUGUCGCCGUUGCCAGGCUCUUAAAUGCCACUCUUGUUAUUCCUGAGAUACAAGCGACAACUCGUGCAAGAGGCAUCAGUUCAAAUUUCAAAAGUUUUUCGUAUCUCUAUGAUGAAGAACACUUCAUUGCUGCACUUUCCGUUGACGUGCCAAUCGUGCGGUGUUUGCCAAAGGAUCUUAGAGAGGCUAGAAAAAAGAUCAAAUUCCCAACAGUAUCUCCUAAGAAUACAGCCACUUCAGACUAUUACACCACAGAUGUCUUGCCCAGACUUGUCAAAUCAAAAGUCCUUGGGAUAAUCGUUAAUGGAGGUAAAUGUCUCCAGUCAAUUCUUCCUGCAAGCUUGGAGGAACUUCAGAGACUUAGGUGCAGGGUAGCUUUCCAUGCUCUCAAGUUCCGUCCAGAAAUUCGGUCUCUCGGUAGCCAAAUAGUAGGAAGGUUGCGAGCAUCUGGCCGUCCUUAUCUGGCAUAUCAUCCAGGAUUGCUAAGAGAUACUCUAGCUUUUCAUGGUUGUGCUGAACUUUUCCAGGUUGGUGGAGUUAGAAUGGUUUCUUUCUAUUCUAAUGUGAAGGACAUCCAUACAGAAUUGAUUCAGUAUAGAAGGAAUCAGAUGAUCAAACGAGGAACCGUGAAGGAACAACUAACUGUUGAUUCAGUGUCCAUAAAGAAAAAUGGUUCAUGUCCACUGAUGCCAGAAGAGGUUGGACUUCUACUCCAAGCAUUAGGUUAUCCAUCAACUACAAUAAUAUACUUGGCUGGUUCUGAAACUUUUGGUGGGCAAAGAAUACUCAUUCCUCUACGAGCUAUGUAUGCCAACUUAGUUGAUCGCACUUCCUUGUGUAGUCGGAGGGAGCUAUCUGAUUUAGUUGGCCCAGAGUCUCCUCUCUCCUCUGAUUUGCCGCAUCCUCCACCUCCCAAGAGCGAGAAGGAACUCAUUGAGGAAUGGAAAAAAGCAGGGCCUCGUCCGAGGCCGCUGCCUCCACCUCCUGCAAGACCAUUUUAUGCCCAUGAGAAGGAAGGGUGGUAUGGGUGGAUUGGUGAGAAUGACACGGAACCUGAUCCGUCGCCCAUUGAAUUUAGGAGGCAAGCUCACCGAUUGCUCUGGGACGCGCUUGAUUAUUUUGUUUCUGUUCAAGCUGAUGCAUUCUUCCCUGGGUUUCACAAUGAUGGGAGUGGUUGGCCAGACUACUCAAGUUUGAUUAUGGGGCACCGGUUAUACCAAACCCCAUCUGGUAUAACCUAUAGGCCUGACAGAAAGACUGUUGCUACACUGUUUGAAAAUGUCAGUGAUCAUCUGUAUCACCCACCACGGAAUUGGACAAUGGCUGCACGUCAGCAUCUCAAUAACAGUGCAGGCACAGAAGGCAUCAAAAUGUCAGCUAUGAUGUCAAAACCUGCAUCUUUUCUUGCACACCCGUUACCGGAGUGCUCUUGCAAAACGGCGAAGUCACCUGUUGUCCAACCGGUGAAAGAUAAGCAUGGUGCGCUCCUUUUUGGAGGUGAAGAAGACUGCCCUGAUUGGAUGGUUCGCACCCUGGCAAUCGUGUCUACCAAGAAUAAUGAACCUCAAAGUGAGGAUUACGAGGAUGGAGCUUACCCAUUACGCGCUAUGAGGUCCAGAUUAGUCGAGCAACUACCAGCUCCAGAUUACGCAAGCAAGAUCAGCGUACAUUUCAAUGAUCUACUUGGCCAGAGGGCACUUGCUUACACUGACACAUCAUGGAAGCGUCCAGGCAUGACAGGAGUGCCGUUGACCUUGGAUGCUUGCCUGGAUUAUCUUCGGUAUACGACCUCGAUACAGAAACUAACACUUAGAUUCUUUUAUUUCUGCAUUCCUUUCUUUUUUGCUCUUUUGCGGGUACAACCUGAAGAAAUUGUUUCUGUAGAAAUGUCUAACAACAAGGAUGGAAACAUUAUAUUUUUGGCGAGCUUGGUUUCCAAGAGCUUCUGUAAAGGACUUCUAUUUUGCUCUAUAACUGCUGGAUCUUGCAUUGCGGUGUAUGUAGUUGGCGGAUACACUUAA